GGGGGAGAGAGCUAGUGCAGAGCACUGAAAGGCAGAAUUGGAGUGCAGCUACCUGCUGGAAAAGGAGCUCUUUUUCCUCGCCAAAGCACUGCCUUUGAUGUAAAAGCAUUUAAUACAGAAGCUCCGGCGGUGUGAAAUUAAGCUGCAGAAACUCUCUGGCACUGGAAAACUUCAUCAGAUAACAGGGAGAUUUAACCACAAGAAAUGGAUGCUAAAGGAUUACAAGGAGAUGAUAAACUGAAGGUGUUUGUCAUUUUGCUAGCAUAUUUGCUGAGUAAGGUAAUUUGUGAGACUGGAGACUGCAGAGAACAAGAAUUUAAGGACCAGACUGGAAACUGUGUCCUCUGCAAACAAUGUGGGCCUGGAAUGGAGCUCUCAAAGGAAUGCGGCUUUGGAUAUGGGGAGGAUGCACAGUGCAUGACAUGCAGGCCAAACAGAUUCAAGGAAGACUGGGGCUUUCAGAAGUGCAAGCCUUGUCUGGAUUGUGCCUUGGUUAACCGGUUUCAGAAAGCCAACUGUUCUGCCACCAGCAACGCACUAUGUGGGGACUGUUUACCAGGAUUUUAUAGGAAGACUAAGCUUGGGGGCUUUCAAGACAUGGAAUGUGUUCCUUGUGGGGAUCCUCCUCCUCCCUAUGAGCCUCACUGUACCACCAAGGUAAAUCUUGUGAAGAUCCCUUCAACUGCUUCUAGCCCUCGAGACACUGCUCUGGCAGCUGUUAUCUGCAGUGCACUUGCAACAGUGCUCUUGGCUCUUCUCAUCCUUUGUGUUAUCUAUUGCAAGAGGCAGUUCAUGGAGAAGAAACCAAGCUGGUCUCUGAGAUCACAAGACAUUCACUACAAUGGCUCUGAGUUAUCAUGUUUUGAUAGACCACGGCUAAGUGAAUAUGACCACAGAACGUGUUGCCAGUGCCAAAGAAGUACAUCACAGACAUGUGGACCAGUUCACUUGAUUCCCUCACUGUGCUGUGAUGAAACCUGUAGCAUGGAGCACAGCAGUCACAGUUGUGCUUUCCACUCACAGACCACACUCAAUGAAAGAGCUUCUGAUUCUGUUGGAGAAAUGAUUCCUGCUUUCCUUGGUUCUCUUUCACACUCUACCUGUGGAGACAUUCCAGAUGCUUGGCCUCUUAUGCAAAACUCAGCUUGUUGUGACAGCAUUUCUAUCUGCGAAUCAUAUUCAGAACUGGCUGGAGGAUCUGCAAAAUCCUGCAGACCUGAGACUGAAAAUGCAGCUGCUGUUGAAUUGGAUAGUAACCAGGAACUAAGUGAAAUACUUAUUUCAGCUAAGUCUCUUGAGGGAAAUGUUGCAAAGUCCUUUGAAAUCUCCGAACAGAGAACGUGCACAGAAGCUUCAUCACUUCAGAACUCGGUGACUCCUGAAAGCCAGCCAAAGACAAAGUGUAAUGGAACAACAAAUGACUCUACAGACUGAUAAAGAGGGACUGGAGCUAUUUCUCUCAGUACUAAAGCUGAAUGCUUCCCCUUACACUCCUCUGCUGAUUCUCAACAAACAUAGUCUGGUCUUCAGUGUUGCAUGGUUUCCAACCAGCUGGGAAAAAAUGGCAUCAUUUCACACCUUCUGAGCAAUUGUGUCUGAGCUGUAACAGCUGUGAAAUUAAACUUCAAGGAGCAUCCUAUGAGGACCCUGAAAGUGGAUUUUAUGACCUUUUCAAUCUCUCUUUUUAUUUCCUCAGAGUCUCAAAACAUCUAAUGGACUGAGCUUAAUAGUUUAUGUAACUACAGCAAGAAAUAAAAAUACUUCUCUGUAUUUAGGGGCUACAGAUAUGGCUACAGGUGUCAGAAGAUGUGGGACAACAUGGGGCCAGUUACUCUGCUUGCAGAUUUGUGCAUGCAUUAGGAUUUUUUUCUCUGCUGGUUCUAAUUUUAAAUAAUAUUCCUGCAACUGAAGGACAUAAAAUCCAUUUCUGUUUAUAAAAGGAUCACCUAUUAAUAAACUGAAGCUUUUACUGUGUAUUACAUUAUAGUCAAUAAGCUAGUUUGGGGAGUUAGAGAAUUAGCAUGUUACAGUAUGUGUGGUUGAAGUCCCCUCCAUCCAAUUAUUACAUUUUUGGGAGGUGGCAUUGCUCUGUUAGGUGU